UAUCAGCCUUUUCGAAUUUGGCAACACUUGUAUUCGUAUGCCUUGUUAAACGUGGUUUGGGCUGUCGGUGCAGUUCGAAAAUAUUUAAUAGUUAUUUUCUCUAAAUUUCCGUAAUCUUUAUAAUAUUUGACAAUGACUACCAAAAGACGUAAUAAUGGAAGGAGUAAACAUGGACGAGGCCAUGUCAAGCCUGUCAGAUGCACCAACUGUGCCCGUUGUGUACCUAAAGAUAAAGCUAUCAAGAAGUUUGUGAUCAGGAACAUUGUUGAAGCUGCUGCUGUUAGGGAUAUUCAGGAAGCCAGUGUUUAUGAAACUUAUGCUUUACCUAAACUUUAUGCAAAACUUCAUUAUUGUGUGUCCUGUGCUAUUCACUCCAAAAUUGUAAGAAAUAGAUCAAAGGAAGGCCGAAAGGACAGAGCUCCCCCUCCCAGGUUCCAGAGGCCCAUGCAGGAUGCUGGACAACGAGGAAAUGCUCCACGAGUUAUGCCACCAAAAUAAUUUGAAAAAUAAAUGAUUUUUACAGUC